GUCGGCGGCGGGGGAUGGGCAGGCGGCGGCGGUCCCGCCUGCUAAGGGUUGAUCCCUGCCGGUCCUGGCCCUGAGCUGGAUCCGAGCCCUCCGCCCGAAAUCCCUGCGUCCGCCACGGUUCAGGUUAAAUGGAAACCAUCCUUGGGAGCUGGAUGCCUGUGUAGCCGUUUUAUUACAUCAGUGAAUUGCAAUGAGUGGAGGAGGAGAGCAGCCGGACAUUCUCAGUGUUGGGAUCCUGGUCAAAGAAAGAUGGAAAGUGUUGAGGAAGAUUGGGGGUGGGGGCUUUGGAGAAAUUUACGAUGCCUUGGACAUGCUCACCAGGGAAAAUGUUGCACUGAAGGUAGAAUCAGCUCAACAACCAAAACAAGUUCUGAAAAUGGAGGUGGCUGUAUUGAAAAAACUACAAGGGAAAGACCAUGUUUGUAGAUUUAUUGGCUGUGGGAGGAAUGAUCGAUUCAACUAUGUGGUCAUGCAGUUGCAGGGUCGGAAUCUGGCAGAUCUACGCCGUAGCCAGUCCCGGGGCACAUUCACUAUUAGCACUACUCUUCGGUUGGGUAGACAGAUUCUGGAGUCUAUCGAGAGCAUCCAUUCUGUGGGAUUCUUACACCGAGACAUCAAACCGUCGAACUUCGCCAUGGGUCGCUUUCCUAGUACAUGUAGGAAAUGUUACAUGCUUGAUUUUGGCUUGGCUCGACAAUUUACCAAUUCCUGUGGUGACGUCAGACCACCUCGAGCUGUGGCAGGCUUUCGAGGGACAGUUCGUUAUGCAUCAAUCAAUGCUCAUCGAAACAGGGAAAUGGGAAGACAUGAUGAUCUUUGGUCCUUAUUCUACAUGUUGGUGGAGUUUGUGGUUGGUCAGCUGCCUUGGAGAAAAAUAAAGGACAAGGAGCAAGUAGGCUCUAUUAAGGAGAGGUAUGACCACAGGCUUAUGUUGAAACAUCUCCCUCCAGAAUUCAGCAUCUUUUUGGAUCACAUCUCCUCUUUGGAUUAUUUUACAAAACCAGACUACCAGCUUCUGACAUCCGUGUUUGACAACAGCAUCAAGACCUUUGGAGUAAUUGAGAGUGAUCCUUUUGACUGGGAGAAGACUGGAACUGAUGGCUCCCUGACCACCACCACUACUUCCACCACCCCUCAGCUGCACACCCGCCUGACCCCUGCGGCGAUCGGAAUUGCCAAUGCCACUCCCAUCCCAGGAGACUUGCUUCGAGAAAAUACAGAUGAGGUAUUUCCAGAUGAACAGCUUAGUGAUGGGGAGAAUGGCAUCCCUGUUGGUGUGUCACCAGAUAAAUUGCCUGGAUCUUUGGGACACCCCCGUCCCCAGGAGAAGGAUGUCUGGGAAGAGAUGGAUGCCAACAGGAACAAGAUAAAGCUUGGGAUUUGUAAGGCUGCUACUGAAGAAGAGAACAGCCAUGGUCAAGUAAAUGGUAUUCUGAAUGCUCCAAGCCUUGGUUCACCAAUUCGUGUCCGCUCAGAGAUUACUCAGCCAGACAGAGAUAUUCCAUUGGUGCGGAAGUUACGUUCCAUCCACAGCUUUGAGCUGGAAAAACGUCUGACACUGGAGCCAAAGCCAGAUGCGGACAAGUUUCUUGAGACCUGCCUGGAGAAAAUGCAGAAAGAUUCCAGUGGAGGAAAGGAAUCUGUUCUCCCUGCUCUGCUUCCUAAGCCUUGUGUUCCUACCGUGUCCCGUACGGACCACAUCUGGCACUAUGAUGAAGAAUAUCUUCCAGAUGCUUCUAAGCCUGCCUCUGCCAACACCCCUGAACAGGCAGAUGGCGGUGCCAGCAAUGGAUUUAUAGCAGUUAACUUGAGCUCCUGCAAACAGGAGGUUGAUUCCAAAGAAUGGGUGAUUGUGGACAAGGAGCAGGACCUUCGAGAUUUUAGGACAAAUGAGGCUUUAGGCCAUAAAACAACUGGAAGCCCUUCUGAUGAGGAGCCUGAAGUACUUCAAGUCCUAGAGGAAUCGCCUCAAGAUGAGAAGCUCCUCCUGGGUCCUUGGGCAGAAAGCGAUCAAUUAAAGAAAGAACCCUCAGGUGUGGUCUUAGCACUUUCUGGGGAGUGCCCUGCCACUGCUGCUUCAGAACAGCAUACAGAUAGGCUCGAACUCCAGGCUGGAGCUGCUAGUCAGUUUAUUACAGUGACACCCACAAGCCCAAUGGAGGCGCAAGCAGAAGGACCCCUUACAGCGAUUACAAUUCCUAGACCCUCUGUGGCAUCCACACAGUCAACUUCGGGAAGCUUUCACUAUGGUCAACAGCCAGAGAAGAAAGACCUUCAGCCUGUGGAACCCACUGUGGAACUUUACUCUCCAAGGGAGAACUUCUCUGGCCUGGUUGUGACAGAGGGCGAGCCUCCUAGUGGAGGAAGCAGAACAGACUUGGGGCUUCAGAUAGAUCAUACUGGUCAUGACUUGUUACCCAAUAUUAGAGACUGUAACAAAUCUCAAGACCUGGGACCAAAAGGCCUUCCUGACCACAACAGACUGGCUGAGAGAGAAUUUGAGAAUCUCCCUAGGGAUACCGAAGAGAAAAGCAAUCUUCUAGGGUCCGAUAACGAAGAUGAGAAGUUAAGUAAAGGGCAGCAUUAUAUCGAGAUCGCCUCCCUUCCAGGAGACUUGGUAGCUGCGGAAAGGGGUCACUCCGCCACUACUGAAGCUCUCGAUGUGACGAAGACACAGACUUUUAGCGUAGGGCCAGACCAAGACAAAAGUCACGAGGUAGUGAAGCUUCUGGCAGUUGGAACUUCAGAAAUUUCUUCACGAGUCAUUGACCCACAUGUUGAAGGACAGAUAAGUCAGGCGGCAGCAAUGCAAAAAAGUAAGCUAUCUAAGGAUGACGACAUCAGAAGUGAAGACUUGCCAGGUCAGCAGGGAGACCUGUCUACUUUUUUGCACCAAGAGGGUAAGAGAGAGAAAAUGGCCCCUAGAAAUGGAGAAUUAUUUCAUUGUGUUUCAGAGAGUGAACAUUGUCCCCCAUCCCGGAAGGACGUGAUUAGGUCAUCCUUUGUAACUAGACACAGCCGAAUCCCUGUUCUAGCACAAGAGAUAGACUCAGCUUUUGAAUCAUCCUCUCCAGUCUCCGCAAAAGAAAAGCUCCUCCAAAAGAAAGCUUAUCAGCCAGACCUCGUCAGGCUUCUGGUGGAAAAAAGGCAACUCAAGUCUUUCCUUGGGGACCUCUCAAGUGCCUCUGAUAAAUUGCUGGAGGAGAGACUAGCCACAGUUCCUGCUCCCUUUUCUGAGGAGGAAGUCUUUGCUCCCCUUUCAAGACUGGCUGUAGACUCACACCUGAGCAGGUCAGCCGAAGACGGCUUUCUGUCACCCAUCAUCUCUCAGUCCAGAAAGAGCAAAAUCCCAAGGCCAGUUUCAUGGGUCAACACAGACCAAGUCAGUAGCGCAACUUCAGCUCAGUUCUUGCCUCGGCCACCACCAGGAAAGCCUCCCACGAGGCCUGGGGUGGAAGCCAGGCUCCGCAGAUACAAAGUCCUAGGGAGUAGCAAUUCCGACUCAGACCUUUUCUCCCGCCUGGCCCAAAUUCUUCAAAACGGAUCUCAGAAGCCCCGGAGCACUGCUCAGUGCAAGAGUCCAGGAUCCCCUCACAAUCCAAAAACACCACCCAAGAGUCCAGUUGUCCCCCGCAGGAGCCCCAGUGCCUCUCCUCGAAGCUCUUCCUUGCCUCGCACGUCCAGCUCCUCACCGUCCAGGGCUGGACGGCCACACCAUGACCAGAGGAGUUCAUCCCCGCAUCUGGGGAGAAGCAAGUCACCUCCCAGCCACUCAGGAUCUUCCUCCUCCAGGAGGUCCUGCCAACAGGAGCAUUGCAAACCCAGCAAAAAUGGCCUGAAAGGAUCCAGCAGCCUCCACCACCACUCAGCCAGCACUAAAGCCCCCCCAGGGAAGAGUAAGUCAGCCACUAAACUCAGCAGAUAGGAGCCGGGCUGCCUCUGUGUGAAAGGUGUGAGAUCUCCCUCCUAACCCUGAUGCAUGUGUGUCCCUGUACUGUCUGUGUAAAAAUCAGUGUUGAUCUUCUCUUGCAAAAGAAAGUAACAUGAUAAAUUAUUUGUAAGAAGACAAAAAUAUAUGAUAAGGAAUUACCUAAGGCAGGCAGCAAGCAGUCAGGAAUCAAUGCCUUUGCAUAGGCAGGGGCAAGCCAGCAAAAUCCCCGGGGAGAUUAAAUGAACUCUCAUUUUUCAGCUGCCAUUGAAACAAAAGUGUUGAAGGUAGGAAAUGGAGUGGAAUUUUAAGGGGUUCGGCCUGUUUUUUUUAAGGCAUUGCUCAAAGAUUAUAUAGCAAAAGUGAAACUUCUUGUUUUAAUAUUUUCAUUCAAAACUUCCCAACCUUGGAGUCAGAAUUGCUCCGAUAUGAGGAUACGUACAGUCUGUUGCUGGGGAGCCAGCGCUCAUGUACACGAGCUUGCGUUUACUAGUGUACUGAGAGUUCGCACCUUUACUUCGCCUCACUCCUACUACCUACCGUCCCUGGAUUUCCCAGUUUUUAAAGUUAGUGUGUCUCCCUGAAUGCAACCUCCCUUCUCUUAUUUUAACAAUACAUUCUAAUAUGCUUUUAGCAGCACAUGCUGAGAAUUUCAAAUCCAGUUGUGUGUUGUUGUUUUUUUUUUAAGUCCCCUAAUAUUUUUCUGUGGCACAGAAAAAUGUAACAGUUAACAGUUCUUAGCUCAGUAUAUUUUUAUUGUGAAAAAGAACUACUGAAACUUAGGUCAAGGAAGGAGAAGUCUGCACAGAGCUUUCUGUGGGCGCUAGCGCGUUAGGGCAGAGGGCUGGAGUGGGGUGAGUGCCCUUCCAGACAAAAGAACCCUCUUUCCCUCUGUUUCCUCCUGGUGGAAGGAAGACCGACCAGACUAGACCUUGCUUUCUUAGGUCUUCUGGAUACCGACUGUUUCCAAUAUCACCUCCAAGAUGAUACCAGGGAAGUACAAUGCUGUGGAAUGUGACUUUAUGCUCUCAGAGAUUUAGAAAGAAAAAGAAAUUAGGUACGUUGUUGAGGCUUAUAAUCCUCAAACUUUGUAUUUUAUACAUUUAGCCAAUAAGGAAUGAGUAUCUGGGGAAAUAAAUUUAGGCUCAAUAUUUAUCUUUUAAUGUUUUAUUACCAGCUUCUCCUGUGCUUUAGUUUGAAUAUUUGGGCUUUUGGACCUGAUUUCCUUGUAACCUCAAUUUAUAAAGCUGCAAGGAGGAGCAUAAUUGCUCCGAUUUCAUUCUUCGGCUAACAGGAAUCAGGCAAAAGUAAAUUAUGCUAGAUUUUUCAAAUGGGCACUUUUCUACUCUGUGGGUGUUUUGUGUUGUAAAGACCUUAUUGAGGUCAGGUAAAUUGGUCUGCUUGCUGUUGAAAUUUGCCUUCUAGCAAACAUCUGUGCUUUCUCUUUGACCUUGUGUUUGCUGCCAAACCUAAUGUGGUUGAAUUGGAAAACAGAAGAAAAAAUGUAUUUCCUCACCAAGUGAAUACGUUCAAAUGCUGCAUCAGAGCCGCCCUGAAGCUGCGCUGAACUCUCGUUCUCUUUAUCUGUGUCGAGCUGUUUUUAAAACAAACAAACCGAAAUUCCAAACACUAUCGAGUCCUAUACGAUCUCCCGAUCUCCUGUAAGAAAUGUAGCAUAGUGUGGAAUCUUAAUUUCUCUCCCGUUUCAAGCACUACAGAGGAAUGCAAUAGAUAAGACAUAUUUGCUGUUUAACUAAAGCAACUGUAAUAUUGGAAGUCCAAUCCUUCUGUAUUAUAUUGUAUAAUAGUUGCUAUAACACUACUUGCAUGUCUUCAUGGUAAAUGAUAUAAAUAUUUAUAAAUAUAUAGAGAAACAUAUGCUUAUAUAAACUCAUUCUUUCUCAUUCUCCAUUUGUAAUUUCAAGAUCACAGAUGGUGAAAUUCCUUUUUAUUGUGUGCCUCGCAUACACUUGGGCCUUGCCUGUCUUCAUUUUCUGAAAAUAUGUUUUUGGCGUGGGACACUUCAGAUUCUUCUUGCCUUCUUUGUGUAAAUAAUGCAAGGGUUGGCAGCCUUCGAGCCAGGAUAGCUUAUCUAAUUUUCACUUUUAAAAGAUUUUAAUAGGGGAAAAAAUUACCAGGACACGCUUGUAAUACUGGCUCAAAAAUUUGUCACGUUAAUCACCUAAUUCUGUCCUUAUGGCUAAAGGGGAUAAACUGGAUGAUAAUCAUGGGUCUAACAUAAAUUGAUUUAAAGAAAAAAAUCUCUUAAAAAUUGCCAUUCUACAUUCCUCUUUUCACCUCACUAUUUUUUGGACGGUGGGGGAGUAAUCUACAAUUAAGGAAUUAUCUUUUUUUCUCUUGUAUUAGCUAAAUUGUGCUAAAAGUAGCCAGCUUUAAAUCCUGACCCUUGUUGUCAGAAAUGCGCCCAUCAUAGCCGUUGGAAAAACAGAUGAGGCUACAAUUAUGGUGGGUGUGUGUUCUUACUGGUAUUUCUCUUCUAGGGGUCAAAACAGACAGUGAUGGCAACAUGACAAUUGGGUGUUUUCUCGCUUUUGGUUUCUUCUGUUUUUCUCCGAACUUUUCCACUCUGUUGCCCCCUUUCCUAAAUGGCACCAACGAACUCCAUAUCCAGAGAGAAAUAGCCUUGUUGUGUAAGAGUACUUUAUUUUGCAUGUAGAGGAAAGAGUUAACCAAAGAUGUUUUAGCUCUGAUACUUUCAAAUGAAAACAGACUAGUUAUAUCAUACGUAUCAAUAGGUCCACUUAAAAGUACUAUCAUAUAGAGAUUUACUUUAUGGUUUUUAAAAGCAUAGUUUGUGCUUUCAGAUGUUCAGUGUCUCAGGCUAAAAAGAGAAGUUGGCAGCUCUGAGCAAAACAUUUUUUUCACAAGAAUUUUUGUUUUUAUUUUAUUUUAAGGUAUGAUACAGAGAAUGAGUCUGUUGUUUGUUGUUGUUUUAGUUCCUUACUUUUUUAUUUAUUUUGGGUUUUUUUAGUGAUGGCAUAUUUCACAUUUCAGUGAUAAACAUAGAUCAUCCAAGUUAUUUUUAACUGCUUUGGUUAUUUUACCUAAGAUGAGGGACAUGGCCAUUAAUUAAAGUCAAGCCAAACUAUACUAAAAGUAGUACGGGGCAAAAGUCAGAAUUAUGUUUCGAAAAUCAAGUGCCUCCUGGUUUUUCUCUCAUGACACGAUGGCAACCGUAGUCAUACCUGCCCUUACCCCGCCAUGUCUAGUCUCCAGAGGUACUUGGGUGGAGCAGAAAAUGGAUUCGCACCAGCUCAGUCCCCGGAGGCAGCACUCUUCUUACGUUAUGCUGCCAAAUCUCCAGGGCAUACAGAUGGGUUGAAAUAUUAAAAUUUCACCUGGUCAUUUUUUGCACAGCAUAAAGGCAUUUAACUUUGCCGUAUAGAGAACAAAGGAAAAUAGUAUCAAAUGUAACCUUAAAGCACAGACUGUAAACAUCUUUGAACGGUGAGUCUCAGGCGGGCGCGGUCGUUCCCACCUUGGUGUGCAAGCUGGCCUUGCUGACAAGGGCACCAGCACAUUUGCGUUUCUUAAGUUGCAUGUUGUGAAGUGAAUGUUUUUUUGUAAAAGUUGCCAAGUCAGUCCAGUCCUAGAUAAGUAGCAACAUGAUAAUUGCUGCCCUCUCUUGUCAUGAUCCCCUUUGUAUGAUUUGCUUUCAAAUACUGAGCAAAUGGCAGCUGCUUACUGCUUCAGCGGACCGGUCGUGCAGUGUCUCUGCUCGGCUGCUAGCCACAAGGGCACUGGAGGUUCUUUGGGAACCAUCAGAGAUUCCUUCCAGGCCACAGAUUUUUAUGCAAAUGUUUCUAUGGUUGCAUUUAAGCUACAAAGAAAAAGUGUACAUUGGUGCAUGUUUUAUAAACCCACACACAGAUAGUUAAAACUAUAAUUAGUUUUUCUGUACCCGAGAGCUUUGAAUUAAAAACAGAUGCUUUUCCCCUAGAGGAUUCUUUGUUCUAGGAACUACAUUCUUAAUCUAACAUUAGAAAUUGGUGAUAGGAGAAACACGAUCUGGAAUUCAGAGUUUAGUGGCUUAGGGGAAAAAAAUGCAUCCUAUUCUGGCUAUUUGAAAAUAUAUUAAUUUGUAGAUAAGUCUAGAUUUAGUCUUGGAGAUCAAAGUUAUCACAUUUUAAGACUUUUUUCAUUUCUUUAUAUCUAUCAAAACACAGCGUAUGUUAGGGAAUCGUUUCUUCUGUCACGUUCAUGUAUUUUGGAAUUAAGUUGUUUGCAUUCACUCUUUUCUCUUCUGCCCACUUCUGUUUAUGUGCAUUUACCACAGAUGUGUUGGGACUUUGCCUAAAGGGAGACAUAUUUUGGUACCUGUACCACUGAGGAGAGAGAGAAUGGUUGAUGACAGCAGCACUGUUCAACUUUCUGGAGUUCAGGUCUGCACAGUUUAUUUGCAGAAGAGUUACUUAUCUAGGUUUUAACACAGAAAGUAUUACAGGAUUAAGGCAUGUAACUACUGUGGUAGUCCCCACAGGUCACUAUUCACCCGAGUUCCGAAUCCAACGGUGUCGAUUUAGACCUUAACUUAGAGAAGGGAACACGCAGCAGCUGUAGUCCUCAGACCACACGGGAGGGAGGACGUGGUGCACGGAAACCCCCAGGUGGUGGUUCGGACAUCCCACUGCGCUGCCUUCGUGCGGUAGGACUCGGGGGUACACCGCGAGGAUGGGGGAGGGGUAUGGAAAUCAUCAGAUUUCCUCAGUGGUUUGGCUGCCCCUUUGGAAUUAGGAGAACGUUAACCCAGAUAGUCUUGCGAGCCUGCGGAAUCUGUUGCCAGCAGUGCAGGAGGGAACUGCAGGAGGUGUCUGGGGGAGUCCUGUAGUUCUUAGGUAACCCCAGGACAUGUGACAAGGAUCCCUAUUAAUUUAAAGGGGAAUUUGGAUGCUGUACACCUCAGUCCCUAAGAAAUCCUUGGCUGGACACGAAAUGAUGACAGAGUCUUGGCCCAUCAGUACAUUGUCUAAUUGAGUGGUGAUUAUCUGCUCUGACUUUCAAAACGUAAACUGGAUGUUUAAUUAUUCCCCUUGGGCAAAUCUGGAUCGGAAAAUGAAAGUAUGUGACAAGAUCAAGAUGACUUUGUGGUUAUUAUACACAAUCUCAAAAAACUGAAUAGUCAAGUAACAUUUAGUCAGUAAUGAUUUGAAUAUUUCCUUACACUUUGCUGGAUUUGUGGUCUGAGGAGAUAGGUAAAGGAAGUGAAGCCUUUUCCUUCGUUAUCCUGUGGAACUUUAACAGAGCCUGCCUGUGAAAUUGGAAGUGAUAGUAUGGGCAUACUACGUAUCCCUGGUGAUGCUGCCAUGUCUCUUCGAAACCCCUGGGCCAGUGGUUCUGGGUUUCUUGGCCUAUAGAAUAGGAUUCCAUGAGGCAGAUCUUUGAGCCCGUGUGACUAGAGAAUUUGCCCAUGACAUAACUUUACACACUAAUGAUAGGAAUUUUACCUCUAUUUUCAGUAGUUUAAUACCGUUUCAUUUUGUAUACAGAAGUGUUCACUCACCCAGCUGAAAACAUUGAGUAAACCCAAGUUUUUAAUAUACACUAUCUUUGCCAUAUGACCCUUUCUCCCCACCUUAUACUACCCAGUUUAAAAUCCUUAAAAACUCAUUCACAGCACUUCCCCAUAUUUGGAAUCCGGGCUUUGUUCUUCACUCACUCAUGAUAAACAAGGUGACCAGAGCUUGAAUGUGAUUUAUCUUAGGGAGUAACCCAGGGAGGGAAAGCCCUUAGGACUUCUCCAAACUAUUUUCUUUUUUAAAUGAUUCACAAGAUAGAUAAAUUAGUUCACUAAGGUAAAAAGCAUUCAGAAAUACAGUUAGGAAGAUGAAAGAAACACAACACUCUGCCACUUGGGGCUCCGAAACUGGAUUGAGUGAAUUGAACAAAGAGAACUGAUCUGAAGACCCAUGCUUGAGCCCGCACACUCCUCCCUCCUGCACACUUCCCAUCCCCCUCCUGACUCCAUUCCUAAAACUGCCAGCGCUGAUUUCAUUGGGUCAUUUAUUUACCAGUUUGCAGCUUUCAGGAAAAAAGAGGGGGAGACAUCUAGAUUUGACUUAGAUACAAUCCUUGAAAGUAAUAAACUAUUGGCAGCUGUUAUAUCAGAUUGAACCACAAACCAGAAGAAUUCUCUUGUCGAGCAAAACCAGUAAGUUAGGAUAGAGGACUUCAGUAAUCCCACAGUUUUCUCCCUUUCUCCUCCUCUUCAUGAAACCAGAGUGAUGAGAACUUGCUCUUUGAAGUAACUCCAAAGGUAUUGUAUUGUCCUUUUCCCUCCAAGCAGCCCUCUAUGCAUUUUUGCUCAGGCAACCAAGGACAUAAAAGAGUAUUGGCAGAAACAUGGAGUGUUUUGUAUAGGCCAUCUGUACAUAAAAGUGUAAUUAUUUAAUUUUCCCAUUUGUAUCAUAUUAAAGCUUUGUACAGUGUUUUAAGUUCUGUUUUAAAAUUAUUUUGUAUUUUAUUUUUAUAAUCUAGUAAUAAAAUAUUCAUUCCGCAUGCACACUCUA